AUGGAGGACUGGCUCUACUACUCCCUCUCCAUCAUCUUCGUCUGCCUUGCCCUGUUCCUCCUCUCUUCCCUCCGGCCGGCCAAACCUUCGCUACCACCCGGCCCAACCGGGCUGUCGGUAUUUGGCCCGCUCCUCUUAUUCGUCUGGACAAACUUUGGCAUCGAACCGAUCAUCCGCGCCGCCCGGUCUUGGUACGGCCCGGUCUUCACACUCUACCUCCUCCCUUCUAGCCCGGUCAUCGUUAUUGCCGAUCGAGCCGUGGCGCACCGGGUCCUGGUAAGGUCCGGCGCGGCUUUCGAUGACAGGCCGCCGGCCAACAUCGUCACCCGGAUUUUUUCGAGCGACCAGCACAGCAUCACGGCCGGUGCGUAUGGCCCGCUCUGGCGCGUACUCCGCCGCAACCUCACCAGCAAAGUCCUCCACCCGUCAUGCCACCGCCGGUACGCCGCGGCUCGCCAGGGUGCCGUUUCAGGCCUCAUCGCCGGCAUCAAACGGCAAAUGAGCGGUGACGCAGUAGUCGUUAUCGAAGGACUCCUUCACGACGCCAUUUUCCACGUGUUCGUCAGCAUCUGCUUUGGCGAAGCGCUCGGCGACGGCGUCAUCGCGGCCGUCACGGCGCUGCAGAGGGAGUUCUUGACGUCGGUGGUCGGUUUCCAGGUAUUCGGUACGUGGCCGGCAGUCACCAAGUACGUGUUCCGGCGCCAGUGGAAGAGGAUGUUGUCCAUCCGGCGCCGGCAGGAGGAGCUAUUCACUCCUCUGAUUCGAGCACGCAAGGCGCGACGCGAGGCCGCCGGCGACAACUUUGCAGUGGACUCCUACGUGGACUCACUCCUUGGCCUCCGAAUCCCCGAAGAUGGCGGCAGAGACCUCAUGGAGAGCGAGAUGGUGAGCUUGUGCUCCGAGUUCUUGUCCGGCGGCACGGACUCGACGGUCGCGGCGAUGCAGUGGACGAUGGCGAACCUCGUGGCGCAGCCAGAGAUCCAAGCGAAGCUCAGGGCCGACAUACACCACGUUGCUGGCGCGGGAGCUGGCAUUCAGGAGGAGCACCUGCCGCGGAUGCCGUACCUCAGGGCCGUGGUGCUGGAGGGGCUCCGGCGGCACCCACCGGGCCACCUCAUGGUGCCGCACGCGGCGACCGAGGGCGGCGCGACGCUUGACGGCUUCUGUGUUCCGAGGCACGCGCCGGUGACCUUCACGGUUGCCAGCAUUGCAAUGGACGAGGCGGUGUGGCCGGACGCGAGGCGGUUCCGGCCCGAGCGGUUCCUUCCAGGCGGCGAGGCGGAGGACGUGGACCUGACCGGCAGCAAGGAGAUCAAGAUGAUGCCGUUCGGAGCCGGGCGGAGGAUCUGCCCCGGCAUGGCACUGGGGCUGCUGCACCUCGAGUACUUCGUGGCCAAUCUGGUGAGGGAGUUCGAGUGGACGGAGGUGCCCGGCGAGCCGGUGCAGUUCGCCGAGAGGCAGGAGAUGUCCGUCGUAAUGCGGCGGCCGCUCCGUGCCAAGGUCGUCCCGUGCAUGCACAAGUAAAUAUACAUAUAUGCACAGCUAUAUGUAUGUACGUAAGUCGAGUCGGUUCAUUGAAUAAGAGCUGUUUGUACCGCUUAUUAGGAUCGAUGUUUCAUGCAUCGAGCCCAGGCUCUAUGUGGCCUUUUGUACCGCAUCAUUACCUCAAAUUGUGCUCUUGUACACAUGCCGGGGAGCAAAUUUCAUGGAUGCAUGUAGAAGAUGACAAAUGGACCAUUCAGGUCGGUCUGGUAUAGCCUAGGUCGGCUCGGCCCGUUACAGGUUGGUCUG